UUCAAGCUCGACUUGUCAAGACAUUGGUUCCUGUUGGCUGGCUUUCCCAAUUUGUCUGUGUCACGCUCCUCCCUCCUCGUCGUUGCAAUCGCACCUACUGUACCCGUCCAUCUUGGUUCUACCUCAUUCAAUCAUUCCCUCGACCUCGUUCCUCCUUCAUCACAUUAUUCAAUCCACACCUCCCCAUCCCCAUGCAGCUUUCAUUCUCGUCUCCGAGUCGAUGGCACACCAUGUGUAUUCUCUUCAUUGUCAUUGUCGUCGUUCUUCUCACUGCAAAUCUCGUUAUUGGCAGUCCUAUACCAGUCGAUGUAUCAUUUCGCUAUGAUGUCAGGACCGGGUAUUACCGCAAAAGCAUAGUAGAUAUCGAAUUAGGUCACGACGAAACCCAAGGCUGGGUAAGACCGACUUCAAGACUCUUGACAGACAUCAAGUUCAUUUGCAUUAGAAUGGACUGCCUCGGUCAUCUUAUGGAUGAGCAGGUUCUACUUAUCAACAAGCUCAAAAUACGGGAGUCCCUGCCCGACAGGAAUUAUUUCAAAACGCAGAAGGAUCUUACUGUCAAUUGGGAGCAUCUUGAACAGUGGCAUCAUGACAAAUUCGCAACACUCUCGGAUUUCCUGCAGAGCAUCACAGAAACUCAGAAGGCGAUCAAGGAAAAGACUGGUAUGGACAUCGAGGUCUAUAAUGACGAUACCUAUAUCCAUCUCAUAAUUAUUGACCAAAUCCUCCGUCAAUCACCGCACAUAGGCAAACUGCCGGCAGGAGGCCCAAUCGUUUAGGAAUGCGUAGAGAAUUUGUCGAAUCCAUGGUCAGGAUGUCCGAUAUAGCUUAUUCGUUGUAAUCGUUUUCGCGAUGUAGUAUGCUAUACCAUUUCUUCACAACUACCAUUGCCUAUGUUU